AAGAAACCCCAGCCCAGUGAGAACUGCACGGCCACCUUGAAAGGGGGAUAUCCUGUGCAGGACUGAAUAGAAAGCAGUCUGAGAUGUUGGGGAAAACAGCUGCCAUGCCAAUGCCCGCCCCCCAGAGACAGCGGCAGGAUGUCUUCUACUGCCCAUCUGGGUACCAGUCUGAGUACACACUCUUUCACACCAGCCGGGUAAUCAAGUACGUCUUUUUGGAUGGGAGUCAGAACAUUGUCCCAACUCCUGCUGCAGCUGCAGCACACACUUCACCAGCCUUGGAGUCUCAAGUGGGCUACCUGGAGUCAACUAAGGGCUACUAUUACCCAUUCAUCAUUCCUGACCACAGCCUGGCCAGCUCUUACUGGGCCCCCGACCUGGAGAGACUCCCCAUCUUCAUCACUCUCUCCAAGAGCCAGGAGAAGCUGAGCGGCGGCUGGGGGCGCCCACUCAUCUCCCGGGACCGGCUGCCCAUCUUCCGGCAGUUGUGUGGAGAAUUGGCUGGGUUGGCAGUCCACAGGCGCGAGAACCUAGUGGUACCCAAAGCUGCAAAGGAGGAGAUGGAGAAGCCUGAGGACCUUGAGGCAGUGGGACUUGGCAAUCUGCUGGACAGCGAGGAUGGGGAGGAGAAGGAAGGGGAGUCUGGCAGUUGCAUGAUCCAGACUUCUCCUAGGGAAAGGGAAACUCAGCUCUAAGGGGCUUCUCUCUGAACUCACAAUAUAAUCUGUGAUGCCGAAAGA